AUGGAGUACGAGAACAAUAGUUUACGACAAUUACGAUGGAACGCGUCAAGCCAUCAACACUAUGCAUCAAAAUAUCCAUAUAUAGUCAUGGAUGACAGUCAUUUUCAGCGCAUAUUAAACUUCACGAUAGAAAAAGGCGAUGCAAUUUUCACUAAUGGAACGAGCUUUAAAAAUCACAAUGAAAUGAGUGGCAAUUCCAACAAUACGGAUGAGUGCAAUGCAAGCCAUGAGCAUGAUGAAUCGGGGUGGUUCAGUAUGGAAUUUCAAGCAACUCUACAUUUUAUGUAUAUAACAAUUUUUAUUAUCUCAUUACUUGGAAAUGCUAUGGUUGUGUUUAUUGUCUGUCAAUCAUCGAGGAUGCAAACUGUUACGAAUUAUUUUAUUGCAAAUUUAGCACUUGCUGAUAUGAGUAUGGCUUUCUUUUGCAUCCCAUUCUCGUUCAUCUCACAGUUUGUUCUGCAAUAUUGGCCUUUUGGCUCACUACUAUGCAGGAUAGUUAAUUACACGCAAGCCAUAAGUGUGCUCGUUAGUGCGUAUACGCUAGUCGCAAUUAGUAUCGACCGGUAUAUUGCUAUUAUGUUUCCGCUGAAGCCUCGCUUGUCGAAAAGAUACGCAAAGUUAAUUAUAUCAAUUGUAUGGGUUAUUGCUUUCGCAACAGCCUCACCAAUACCGAUCAUGUCAACCAUCAUACAGCCUACAAUAUGGUUCCAAAAAUGUGAUAGAUAUUUUUGUAUGGAAUUAUGGAAUGAGAAGGAGCACAAGGAUUAUUAUUCACUCGUCCUUAUGUCGCUACAAUUCAUCAUUCCAUUAGCUGUGCUUAUUUUCACAUACACUCGAAUAGCUGUUGUGGUCUGGGGUAAAAAGCCACCAGGUGAGGCUGAAAACCUCAGAGAUCUGAGAAUGGCGAGAUCAAAACGAAAGCAUAGCAACGUCAGCGUCUUGGUCCCAACCACAGAUGCAAUUGAACUGUCUUUAGCCAUUAUUGCAUUCCUAAAAUCGACUACGUUUGGGAUAGAAGUGACACCAGCCUUCUUUAGUCCCAACAUUGCUCCACUCGGGUCUUACACUUCCACAUCUGUCUUCUAA